CACGUUAGAGACAAAGUGAGUGCAAGUCUCUCGACUUGCGCAAGUUUAUCAUUGACAGAGUGCUGUAAUUAGGGUAAUAUUUAUUGUGUAAUGAGGGAAACCCAUUCAUAAGAGUCAAUCUCAGAGGUUGUAGCUUCAUAAUCGAUUAACCACAAAUUCCGUGAUCAGAAACGUAGGGAAAGAAAUGAUGAGUGAACGUCAUCGGAUAACGACAGCAUUGCUCGUUUCGAUCCUCAGUCAGCAUCGUGAUUAGAGGUAGGCUUUUGGUCGUCUGGACUUUGGGCUCUAUAAUUGUGGGUGAGGUUCAAUGAGUGGGUUCAACAUGGCACAACAUCAAUCCUCUCCGUCUCUGUUUCCGACGAAUUCGUUGGAGAGACAGAAUAGCGAUCUCAUGCAAGCUUCUUCGACCUCACAGUCCAACUUGGACUUGAACAGCCUUUACUCCAUGUCAGCCACGCCCAUGGGGAUGCAAUACAACAUGAUGCAGCAACCACAGUUCCAAAUGGGGUUUACCCCUACAAGGGCCGCCCCGCCUGCCCCAGCGCCCGCUCCCAAUUUUAGUGGAUUCCCGGCGUCGCCUGCAAGUCAAAAUUUUGCCGAGUUCAGCAUGCCCCAAAACCCGACGACGCCCAUACCCAUUCAGCAUAGAUUGCUAUCCCCGUCUUCCUCUUCGGGGAUAACUCCCUCACAAUCCACGGCCAGUUUUACGGAACCAGGGCCCAUCACAUCUCAUGAUGCAACCGGCACCAGUGCUCAUUCACUCGAGUUUUUGGUCAAAAAUGAUCACCAGAUCAGUAACCCGGCGAGGAAAGAAGAGCUUGGACUCGAACCAAGCACCCCAGUUGAUGAGCCGGCCAAUAUGGCCACUCCAUCCGGGGACGACAUUGGCUUCGAGCCAAUCAAUGAUGCGGCUAACAAUGAUGUGAUCGAGGUUAUGGACGGAGAAAAGGCACUUCGGAUCAAUAAGAAAGAUGGAUCGGUCGUGCGUCCACAAGCUCCGGUCAAAGAAGAGCCCACAAUGGAGAGACCUGGGUUUGCCACGUUCUUUCGUAGGAACAGGACCAUUCCCGUGGCUAAUCUAAAUGCCAACGCUAACGCCAUUGUUACCAACCCCUUGGAUAACAACAAUUUGCACCCCGAAGGGCGCACAGGGGGUAACGAACAAAAGUUCAUGGGCGAGGGCCAAAUCUACAAAGGCAAACUCAUCGGGGUGUUGGCCGUUCAAGAGGCCAGAGGAGAUCGAAUGUGUCAAGAUGCUCUCCAAGAGCUGAAAAUGGCCAUCAAGGCCUCUGGCGAGCACAAGCAGAAGGUGAUCAUCCACAUUGCCGUGGACGGGUUGAAAAUUCGUGACGAGAAAUCAGGAGAUUGCCUCUAUCAUCAUCCGGUUCAUAAGAUAAGCUUCAUUGCCCAAGAUAUGGCCGAUAAUCGGGCUUUUGGGUAUAUCUACGGAUCCCCCGAGAAUGGGCAUCGCUUCUUUGGAAUCAAGACUGAGAAGCAAGCCGGUCAAGUGGUCGUGGCUAUGAGAGAUCUCUUCCAAGUUGUUUUUGAACUGAAGAAGAAAGAGAUCGAUGAGGCCAAGGAGCAAUUGAGCAAAGAUCGCCGAGAGCUGAUGCAGCAGGCUCUCCAGCAACAACAGGCCGGUCAAGGUAGUGUUGCCACUUUCCCCGAGCAGGCAAUGGGCCUAAGGUCCCAACAGCCGGACAUUGUUCCCACAUCCUCAGGAUUUGACGAUCUUUUGGGUCUUGAGAGUCAACUCACCAGUAUCCAGGCAGGCAUUCACCAAAUCGACAACAUUACACCCAACACCAUCCCCAUGACCUUGAACACCGAUUCCAUGAUGCCCUUGGGUGGUCAGAUGAGCCAGGCUCAAGCCAUGACCUCCAUGGUUUCCAGUGGGCCCCAAAUGAGAGUGGCAGGAGGGAUAAUUGUGUCGAGUGCGAGUGGAACCACUCAAAAAACAUAUCCCCAAGCAAUAAUGAACACUGGGCCUGUGUCCAAACCGGAUUCCUUCGGAGCUACUCCUUUCCUUCCCCCACCCCCUUCCAGAUCGAGGCAGAGACCGGGUGAGGGCAACCCACCCCAACAGCAACCGCAAUUUCAAAAUCAGUCCACACCAUUUGGCAACUAUUUCCAAGGAGCAAACCAGUUUAGUCAGCCGCAAGUUCAACAGCAGACACAACAAGUGAGCACUGCUCAGCAACAAGCGCCGGCGGGGUCACAUGGCUUCAAUGGAUUUAGUAACACUCCUUUCCAACCGUCGAGUGGUCAAAUCAUGGAUCCUAACCGAUUACAUUCUACAUCUGACCCUGUGGAAAGAAAGAGCGAUUCAUCUGGUGUCUUCACCGAUUUGGAUCCAUUGGGAGUGGGAAAGGGCAAAGCCUUCGUGGAUAAGAAAGAUUUCUUUUCUGAAAAGAAAUCGCCCACUCAAAGAGUACCCAUGUCUGCAAUGACUGGAGGUAGCCUCUCCCCUACGCAAAGCUCGGAUGCCCUUUCAAGUGUAGGUUCUGAGAGAAAUCCAAGCUCAUCUUCUCAGGUGUAUCAACCUUCACCUUUGGCUACGGCCAAUGCCGGUGGAUUUGCGGACACGUUUUCAUUUUCAGAUAGCCUUUCAGGGGGUUCCAGUUUCGGCACUCACAUUCAACCCCCAAGCGAAAAGACCUUUUCCACCUCUAAUGUUAAUCAAAAUCAAGUUAGACGUCACAGGGACAGCCCAGCACUUUGGAGCCGUGAACAAACUGAUAUGGCUUCAUUUGGAACAAGAACUAAGAACCCAUCUGGGUAUUUCACCACGGGUAGACCUGGUUCAGGCCGGUACGCAAGCGUACCAAUAAAUGUAUCCAGUCAAUCUGGAACUAGGUCUUUGAAGGUGUCGCUCCCCCCAGAAGAGACUCAGGCUCAAAAAGUGGACCCAAGGUAUGGAUCAAUCCCUCAUCUGGAGUCAUCGCCAAGGCGAUAUUGCAAACAAGAUUCCAUGGACGAUCAACCAAGAUCGUCUCCCGACAGAAUCCCGCCAAAGCUUCCCGAUAAGCCAUCCAAGACGUUGUCUAAUGGUUCACCUCCUCCUUUGCCUCCCAAAAAGCCUGUAAGCCAACAAAACUCGUGGAGAAGCACUGAACCUGAACCACAAGCCGCUCCUUCUGAAGCGUAUCCAAGGGAGGAUAUUUAUGAUUUUCCGCCGGAACCAAUGAUUGGCAAAAGCAAUCUCACUCAAGAAGAAUCAAGGAAAUGUAUUACCGAUAUACUUUGCUACAACCAAUCACUGCAGCCCCAAAUCCUACCAGUGCCAAGCAUAACUAAUUAUGACAUCACCUUGGAGGAGUUGUCCAAAAUGAGCGUGAUGGAACUGAACGACAAAAUGCAACGAGGACAAUUGCCACAAGAGUUGAAAGGGAUGUCAAUAUUUGAGUUGGUCGAGCACAUAUCCUCGGAAUUGCAGACUUCAAAGAAAAGGACCACCAACGCUUCUCAAGAUACAAUGGAAGUCCCAAGUCUUGGAGUAAUAAAGCCCUCUUUCUCGGACAACUUUGUAAGUGCCAGUGCAUUGCCGGCGGACCUGAAUCAAGUCGCUCAGAAGGUGCCAAUCCCAAAGCUGAUGGCCAUUCAUUUAGAUGAUGAGCGAAGCAUAAGCAGCAUGUCUCCAGGGCCACCUUCUGCAAUGAGACUGAAGGAAGGUGAUGACGUAUUCGACCUCGGUGUUUCAGGCUCUGCCCUUGAGUCCCCGCAAGUUGACAAACCAAAAUCUUUAGGGUCGUCGCCAGCUCCUCCAAAGGUUCCUCCAAGGCCAGGCGAACCUCCGGUAGAACCUAUUGCUCCUAAUUUUGAUGACAAUUUUGCUGAGGACGAAAUGACCAAAGAGGAGCGUGAACAGAAGGAGAAGAAUGAUCGAUACGCGGUGCUUCGAGAAUUUCAAAUUGAAGAGGAUAUGAGACGAGCUUUAGAGAGCCCGUCGGAUGAGCUUGUAAAUCAGGACCGAGAAACGGAUGAUGAAUUAGAAAUUAGAGCAGCAGAAUCCAAAGGUGACCAGCAAAACAAAGUGGAGGAGGACUCGCCGUCAAGUUGGAAAGAAGAACAAAGUUCCGAAUAUUUUGAACCCAGGGUAUGCUCAAGUGAAGGGAGUCCAUGUUCCGAUUCUGGCUCGGAUAAGGCUGAUUCAGAAGAAGAUGAUGACCCUGGCUCGGCUGAACUUGAAGUAAAUCAUCCUCAAGAGGAACUAGAAGGUGAUUUUGAAAGAGACGAGGAUAGAAAGCGAGAUAGUCAGAUACCCCUUUGCCAUCCGGAGAGCUCGGACAUGAACCUAAGCCGGAACGGAAGUCAACGCUCGGAUAGCCGAGGAAAUUCAGCUCAACCACCCAUGAACCCUGAUGACAGCUUCGAACACACAUUUGGCCAUAUGGACAACCAGUUGGUUUCAAAGGAGACAAGUGGGUGGGCCAAAUUUGACGAGGGUCCAGAUUCGUUGGAGCUAUCCCACGAAUCUGGACAAUUUGAUUCAAGCACCCCCUCUCAUACGUAUUCUCCAAGGAAAAAUGUUUCCUUGUCCGAGAAGACUCAACCACAUAUGGCUCCCUUUCUCAGCCAAGGGCGAAUCAGACAGCCUUCUAGGAGUAGUCAAGACGGGUUCGAAAGUGACUUAGAGGUUCAGAAGUAUUCACAGCCACGUUCAAACCAUACCAUCACCACUACCCCGUUUAAGUCAAGGUCUUCCCUGGAUUGGUGGCCUGCCUCUGGUGAGUCGCCCUCACGAGGUGACCGGAAGCCCCGUCUUCAGCAAUCCAACAGAGGCGGAAGUGCCAAUCCCUUUGGCAGUGACAGCUUCACCCCACCUAUGUCUAGUUUUCAAAGCCAACUUAGCCGAAGCCACACCCCAGUCACGCCUUCUGCCUUUCAGAGGGAAAACAGCCAUCGCUACGAAGAUGGGUACUCAAUAGGCAGUAACUUGAGUGAGAUUGAGCAACCAACCACGAAUGGAAACAUAUUUGACGCUCAUUUCGAAGAUGUUCAAUUCAAAGUUCACGCCAAAGUGCUGGACGACACGGCUGUCCCUAAGUCUGACUCGAUUAACAUUUUCGAUGUGAAAGAUGAUCCUUUUGACGACGACUUUUUCCAUUGACAUCAAAAUGUUUUUCUUUGUUAGCUCUUUUAGAGUCGAUUUUUUUUACCUGUUUUGUUUUACGUUAAGUUCUUUUCGUUUACUUUUUAGGACAAUACUGGUGGAUCUGCAAAUCUUUUGGACGGAUUUCUUUAACUCCUUGGUUCUAUUUGUGUAUGCUUGUCUGGUUCCCACUUCUGAUUUUGAGACCCUUGGUUUAUUCCGUUCAUUCUGUCAGUAAUAAUAAGAUUAACAACAUUAUUAUUCAUGGACAAUGAUACUCAAUGAAAUACUGACAACCUAGAAUAUAUAUACUCUCUCUUUCUCCCCAACACCAAA